AUGCACUCGACGAGUGCAACGAUUCAGAAUCUCCCGAUAGAAAUAUUUUCCUUGAUUUUUGAAUAUUACCAAAGUGAAAACCUGGAAGAACCCAACGACGAACUUGCGGAAGUUAUCGUAUCACACGUCUGCUCUGCCUGGCGAUCGAUAGCGAUAGGAAAUCCCAAAUUGUGGUCGUGGUACGCAAAUCGCCACGAGAAAAAGCAUAAACAGGAACUCGAACGACUUGCUGUUUAUCUCGAACGAUCUUCCAACCAUCCUCUGUAUUUGUGGUUCGUGAUCAAGUCAUAUAGCCCUCGCCCACAUAUCCUCCGCCAAAAGGUAUUCACCGAUACCACAGAAUAUAGAGCAAUUUCUCUAUUGCAGAAAGCCACAGAACACACUCGCAGAUGGCGUUGUAUCUCAAUCGACAUUCGAGGGAGGCAUGAAUCCUAUCAAAGAUCGUGGUGUUUCUUCUCGCCUCCACAAAAUCUAUCUUUCCCAGAACUGGAGACCUUCGAGGUGUACAUGCCACGCUUAUUGCACAAUGCUUACUUAGAAGAGUUGUUUGGUGGUGAACUGGCGACUCCUAAGCUGUGGUUUGUUCGCGUAGACCCCAUUCCUUUUGUUCACUUCAAUCCACCGCGCAGUAUCACUACACUCGAGUUACAUUGGGAGUACAGAGACCCAUUGCCAUCAAUGCCCAAAUUUCUCGAAGCAUUAUGUGAUAUCAUGGCCUCUCCGACGUUGACGACCGUAUGCAUAAUUGGAGAGAUGUUCGAUAAAGAAUACACUAAGGAGUUCCUGACAAAGAGGAAACGGCUUUCCACUUUUAUCAAAAACCUUCGGUGCAGUAGCGCUAUAUUCUCAAGCGCUAUAUUUCGUCAUUUUCAGUUCCCUCGGCUGGAACUUCUAUGGUUGCGGGAGAUUGUCUUUAGGGAAAUAUUUGAGGAUGUUCAAUCAAUCGACCCGACUUUGAAGAUCUUUCCUAGUCUACGAACUCUUAUUCUGCUCAACUGCUACAGCGAUCAGGAUUCAUACAUGACUUCUCUCGCCCAAUACACGCAGAAUGUGAAGCACCUAUACAUCCUUCAAGAUCCGGAGUUAUUAGUAGGAGUUCAUCUAGUUGACCCUGACUCAGAACGAUCUGCGUUCAGCUUGAUAGUCGACGAGAAGAUCCUUUCCAGUACAACUAUAUGGCCUGAUCUCGAUAUUGUAACGUUCUCUAGACCAACACACGAUAAGAUCUCAUCCGAACAAGUUGCAUCAUGCAUCGACAUUGUCCAGAAUCGGAAAAAAGAAUUUAUGCUCCACAUCCCCAGGUAUAACGCGGAGAGUUGGGAAUCAGAAGACCUUGUACUGUGGGCGUCACUUUCGGCUACAGGAAAACUUGAAAUAAUUCCUGUCACUGACAUUUACGUGUCGAUCGGACGCUGGUUGCCUUGGCCGUCGCGGUUGCCUCCAGGGAUCAAACGUCCGUUUGAACUUCAAGAUGGAGAUUCAUUCUUCGGUCCUAUUUAUCUUUGA